ACUAAAUUUUCACAUUAUACGUUGAAAGGAGUGUAUAAUUUAGAUUUGAAUUUGUAAAUAAAAAAGACUAUGAAAAUAUAUGCUUAAGUAUGAUUCUAUUCAGUGCUAUUUUGAGUUGUUAUUUGUACACCUGUGUCACUGAUGCUUGUCCAGCUGAGUGCACAUGUACCGGAACUAACGUGGACUGUUCGUCCAAAGGACUGACUAGCGUGCCCACUGGUAUCCCAGCCGAAACCCGAAAUAUAACUUUGGCAUCCAAUCAAAUAAGCAGGAUAGAAAACGAUUCUUUUAAGGGGCUAACAGCUCUGCAGUACUUAUUCUUGGAGAAUAAUCAAUUGAGCAGGAUUGCCGACAAAACGUUUAUUCUGUUGCCAAACCUAAAGACGCUAUUUCUUUCCUCCAAUCAAAUAACUAGAAUAGAAAAGGAGACAUUCGCCGGCUUGUCUAACGUACAAAGUCUAUACCUUGACUCAAAUCGAAUAACUGCGAUAGAUGAAGAAAGUUUCACCAGCAACGGAAUGUUUUAUAUCCAAUAUCUGAAUCUAAAUAACAAUGAUCUGACAAAUAUUGACAACAAAACAUUUGUUGGACUGAGGAGCAACUUAAAGUCAUUAUCAAUUGAAGGAAACCCAUUUCACUGUGAUUGUGUGCUGGCUGGAUUUGUAGAAUUCAUGUCUGGGUUUGUCAGCCAAUCAAUUGCAAAGUGUAUCACGCCUGAGAAUCUGGGUGGUAGAUAUGUUAAAGAUUUGACAUCCUCUAUGGUAUGUCCCAAUCCUUCAACCGGAAGUACGUCACAGACAACCGGAGCAACAAAAGAUGUUACAACAAAACAAAAGCAAACGUCGCUCUCUAGUUCGCGUACAACCAAUAAAGCAUUUGCUUUUACUUCCAAUCCACAAACCGAAAAUACGUUAGAGACAACCCAAGGAACUAGAGAUGUUACAACAAAACACAAGCAAACAUCGCUCUCCAGUUUGUGGACAACCGAUAAAGAAUUAACUUUUACUUCAACACAAUCCAGCAAGUCAAGAAUUUCAACGUUUUUUGUCUCUUCAUCAACAGAAACUGGUACACCAGGAUUUACUGCUGCCACAACCAGAGAACCAAAGACCGGAAGAGACUGCAGUUUUAAUGAAGACCUAUUUCUAGUUAGUCUUAUGGGUAAUGGUGUCCUGUUCUCUUUGGUGGUCAUUUUGGUCUGCGUUCUUGGAAAACUACUAAGGAACAAACGAAACCAGGCAUCUAGAUACGUUAACUUCGAGCGGGAUUGUGCAGGUUCUGGUCACGGAGAGUAUACACAACCUAAGGUUGUACGUGUGGGGGGCGAUGGAUAUUUAGAACCUUAUAACCAUUCCAGUGAUAGCGGAAACCAUUCCAGUAAUACCAGGAACCAUGUCAUUCAUUCAGAAGAGACAGCAUUUGUACGAAAAACUAUUCUAUCAAAUAACAGCUACGCUGAAAUUGUUGAUUAAGAUAGAUAGUAAGCUGUAAAAGUAGUUAGGAUAUUUUGACCUUCAGUAUAAAAAUUAUGUUUUUAAGAUUUUAUUAUUACGAUAUAUUUUUAAAACCAUUGUUAUAAUUUUCAUAAAUAUUUGUCUGAAAUGUUAUUUCUGCAGUCGUACCAGGGACAUGUAUGUUAUAUUUUGUAGUUCGAAAAAAAGAAUGCUUAUGAGAAUUCAUCUUUCCUUUAGUUGAUAAAAGUA